GCAAUUGCGGAAGAUAUUCUACAGGGGAGCACUUUCUCUUAAAAGCAAGUUCAAUCAGGGACUCCUUACAGACAUGUUGCUUUCAAGGCCAUCCAUUAAUUUUCCGAUGGAGUAUAGGAGGAACAUUGCUAUGAGAAGCUGAGAUCGAUCAGACUGGUAUCAACACACACUGCAUUCGGCUAAAUUUGAGCCAACUAGUCGUAACUUAGUGGGUAUCCAUGGCUUUUGUACCACGAGGAGUAAUCCUAGGGAUGCUGUUUUACUUAACGUUUGCAGUUGCUGGGACAAUAUGGAUAUCCAUGAAAUAUCUCGGUGAUAGUGACUGCAAUUGUUCACAAUAUUUUGAGCGCUCUAAAUUAUCGAGUUCUUUACAUGAACACGAUUUCCCGCACUCGCAAAAUCAGGACAGUGUUACAGUAAAACAUCGGAGAGAUGAGGGGAAUUCUCUGCAAGACACUACAAUAGGUAGGUCUCAUUGAAAAUACUAGACUAAAUUUACAAUGAUGGCUUUACAGAGUUGUAAGAUGAUAUAUAUUUUCUUGGUGACGUGUCGUUUCGACGCCUUCCUGUUAUGCUGGUUCCAAGUUGAUAUUGAACUUUCGCUUGGGAUCCAUGCGGGAGACUCGACGUAAUUCUGAAAAAUCUCCCCUUCAAAAAAAUGCCAAGAACAACAAAAACACUAAAUCAUCCAUUAAAUAACUGCCCCCUCCCAAUCAACUCUGCAUCUUGAGCAAGACUCCUUUCCUCAAGGAUUAUCCACAAGAAAUUACAUAUACAGUAAAACACUCUGGGGACUAAUACUGUGACCUCCUGGAAAUUCUGUAUAAUUUACCCAUAUUUAUGGUGUCCUAUCAAAAGCCUGGAAGGAGGAAGAUAGAAGUCAUUAAUACCUGUAAUAAGUUACUUCUCUAACCUGAGACAGGAUAAAUAAGGGUGGAUGACCUGUGGGUUUGUGUGGUAAAUACACUACAGGCAGUCUAUAAUAAGUUGCAAUAUCAUCAUCAUCAUCAUCAUCAUUAUUGCAGUCAGUCGAUUCGACUAAGACUGUUUUAUGGUUCAGCAUGGUUUGAUAAGUCUCCUCCACGUAGGUCUGUCAUUGGCAUUUUCCUGCCAGCAGGAUCAAAUUUGCAGAAUAUUUCCACCUUUACAAUAAUAUUAUUGUCAUUUAGAAUUUUCUCUCCAGUAGGUGGGAUGAUAACAAAGAUCAGUGAAAAGGCAAAAUAUAGUUUUUUUUUUUCAUUUUAGACAGUACCCACCCUGAUGAUAACUGGGGACCACAUCAACUUGGGGUGGUGGUGCCUUACAGAGACAGAUUUGAGGAAUUGUUGGAAUUUGUUCCUCACAUGCAUAAUUAUUUAAAUGCCAAGAAAGUACGACAUAAAAUAUUUAUUGUCAACCAAGUUGAUAAGCAUAGGUAGGUUAAUUUCAUGCCAUGAAGAAUCUCUAUGUCUCACAGUGUAAGAUAUUCACUAGCUGUGUCUUAGCUGAAGGGCAUCAGUUUCUGCAAAUGGACCCUUGGGAAAUGAAGCUGUACGGUAUUGAAUUUCAUGUCACUGCUAUUUUUCUUGUGACAUCUAUAAUUAACAUUUUUUUGAAUUUUUAUUGCAAAAACUGUGAAAAUUAAGUUGCAUGAAAGGCUGUGCUCUAAUGAAAAUUGAAGGGAGCCCAUGCAGUGCUCUGGAACUGUAAAAUCUAGGGUGCCCAGCAUAUGAUUUGUAUGAAAAAUCUGAGAUUUUCUAGUCACCCGAGGGCAAAGUUAUGCACCAGGGGCCACCGCGCUCUGCUAGAGCACAGCCCUAAAAUUAGUAAAUGUGUUAGGGUGAAUCUUGGCUGUGUUAUUUAGAUUAAAAAAGGGUUUUUGUUAGUUUUGACUGCUAUUUUACCUGGGAAACUACUGUUAUUUUGAGGACAGCGUCAUUCUCAUUUUGUUUGUAUCAGCUACUACCGUAAUCCUCUUGCAGAUUUAACAGAGCAUCUCUUUUAAAUGUUGGAUUUCUGGAAGCCAGGAAUAAUUGUGACUACAUAGCAAUGCAUGAUGUGGAUUUACUUCCACUCAACAAAGACUUAUAUUAUGGAUUCCCUGAGAAGGGACCUUUCCAUGUAUCAGCACCAUUUUUACACCCAAAAUAUCACUACAAAACAUUUGUGGGAGGAAUUCUGUUAAUGUCAGUGGCACAGUUUGAAAAGGUAGGUCAUUCUUGUUCUAUUUUACCAGCAUAAAGAUACUCCAGGCAAAGAUCCAGACUGAUUUCUACUGUUUGGUGGCAAAUGGUUAGGUGUUUGCUAUAGAGAAAAAACCUUUCUUUAUUGCACACACUGUCAGGGCCAUCAGAGUUAGUGUCCUUAACCCUGUCACGGCCAAAAUUAGUAAACUCAAAAAGAAAAGAUUCCAUUGUUGGAGUUGUUGCUUUAUACACUAUUGGAAAAUGUUUAGUUUCAUUUUUCUUGGAUCUCUCACUCACUACUUGCCUAAUGCUCCUGAUGUUUGGCUGGGCUUUUCUUUCUAUCAUUAAUUUUUAACUUAGAACAAGGUGUCCCCUGAAGUAUAUUUAUUGUUCUGUAACCACAAAUUAAUCACAAAAUAUUAAGUUUUUUUAGAAAAUGAAGAUAUGAUCGCCGCAGUGGUUAUUGCAGUUUAAGCAAAUAACCCGAAAAAUAUUUUCGGGACUUCGACGGGAUUCGAACUCAUGGCCUCUGAGUUAGCGCUGCAGUGCUCUACCAUUUGAACUAUAAAGACCCAUACAUUGAGGGAGGCCAAUUUGUUGAGUUUUGAUCUUAACCCGUCAAAGGAAUGAAGCGUUAAGAUGAUGUGAACUGAGGAAAUAUUAUAAAUGCUCAGAUAUAAUGGUCGCUAUGGUUAUUGCAAUUUAAGCAAUUGCAAAAAAACCAAAAAAACCUUUCGGGUUUAUUUGAUAUAACUUCAAUAACUUUAAUUUGCAAUAUAUGACUUCAACAUCAUUCUUUGUUUAUUUUAGGUCAAUGGACUUUCCAACAAAUUUUGGGGUUGGGGACGUGAAGAUGAUGAACUGUAUUUGAGAAUGAAAGAAGCUAAAUUAUCAGUAAGUAAUAAUAUUAUUAAUCCCGCUGAAGCUCGUGCAAGAGGACACUCCUGGAAAACGCAAGAACAGGGUCCGUAACUGGAAGUGGCCAUUUUAUAUAGGAAUGAUCCUCGUUAGUCUGAUCUAGACAUUCUAAAAGUCCAGCAUUUUUUCUGUCGCUCGUUCGGUCGUUGAGCGACCUCAUGCAUUGAAGCUCGCUUCGCUCACUUUUAAGAACUUAUGAGAGGUCGACUUGUAGCAACUCUAUCGUUAGUCGUAAGCUGCUACUAGCAGUUUGGUAAGAAGGUAGAGUGGACGGCUGCUCACGGGAGUGUCCGUUAACAGAACUUUAACUCCAGUAAUGUUAGUAGAUCUCUCUGUUGUGGCCUAUAUUAUAUUAUUCACGCACUGAAUCAACUAAAUUGAUAAUACCAACCUCUCUGCUGCUUCUCCUACUGGAACAAUGUGGAGCCCAUGAAAUUGUUAAGGGUUAAACUUGACAAGAUUAUACCCUCACAAUGCCGGGAUGAUGGUGCUGCAUCUUUGGAAUCCUAAGUGACCGGCGUUCGUUUGAAGUGCUAAAACCACAGGGCGCAGAGGAGAUGUGUUUGUCGUUAGAACAUCAAAACCCGUCGAAAACCUCUGAAAAAUCCUGAAAAAUGGGUUCUUUUGAUCGCGUUACAGACCGCAAACCAAGAGACUGAGGGCUCGCAAGAUCGGCUUACAGUAUAAAAUACUCUUUUUUACUCGGCACUUCAGGCCUCGGGCGACGUGCCGUGCGCCAGCGAGGAUAUGGCUUGCGGCUAUUGAUUUUCAAAAUGGCGAGCAACAAAGUCGAUCUGGGUCAGAUAAGAAGCGAAGAAAUCGUUUACAGUAGAUUCAUAAAGAUCCCAUUGGGCUAAUUAAUCGUGCUAAGCGACAGGUAUAGAGAUUUUUCAAGGUGAGACUUUAAAUAAGUAAUUCAUUUAUUCACACGAAACCCCUCUGGACCCUGUGCUAAAACUGGGUUUUCCAGUCGCUGAAAGCAAAAAUCUUUAGUAGGUUGUGCAAAACAGUCAGUUCUUUCGUCAGUUUGUCAGUUUUCUCAAAAUCAACUGGGUGAGGGGAAGAGUCCUUCUCCUGUCUCACUCUCCGUUUUCAUCCUCGCUCCAGACCUUUCGUUUUACUGCUCGCGCGUUCUUGUCCUUCGCGAAAAUACGAGCUGUUUAGUAUAGCAGUUAAGUCUAGUAUACUGCUGGGAACUGUUAGCGGACAACCGGGCUUAACCUUGGGCGUCUAUAUGAGAUCAAUGGUGUACUACUAAUUCAAUAAUUGUCAAGAGUGAUCAGAUGAUAGAGUUUAGUCUUCUUUUGUCUACAAUGAACAGAACUUAAAACAGGGAGCGGAGCGGGUAACGGAGCAGGGAACGUAGCGUAGAACGGAGCGGAGAAAGGAGCGUGGAACGGAGCGGGGAACGGAGCGGGGAACGCAGCUGGGAACGUAGUUGGGAACGGAGCGUAGAACGGAGCGGGAAACGAAGCGUGGAACGGAGUGGGGAAUGGAGCUGGGAACGUAGCUGGGAACGGAACGGGGAACGGAGCGUGGAACGGAGCGGAGGACGGAGCGGAGAACGGAACUGGGAACGGAGCGUGGAACGGAGGCAGAGGCGGGGAAGGUCUCAAAGUUUUUUCAAUGUUCACUAUUCUCCACAUCCCAUUUACUUCCAUCUCCCCUUGUAUAAGUACCCUAGGCUGAUAAUCUCAAAUGUCACAAUUUUUUUCGUUACAAACUCUUACUUCUUUCACGUGGCUAUUAAGGUUAAUACCGUUUGACGAUGUUGAUAUUGAUUUUAGAUUUAUCGCCACAGCCGCAAACAAAUAACGACUGGUUAUGAAACGUUUAAACACGAUCAUGACCCAAAGAAAAGAAAACGAGACUACGCAAGGUUUUAUGACCAGAAGAAGGUGGGUUGGUACACAGUUACAUGUAGGUAACUGAUACCUGUUUAUACCUUGGUUAAGUCAUCUCGCGAUCUGUGAUUAGUAAAUUUUCGCUCUGUAACUUGUGUACGGACCAAAAGAUCUUUCUUUUUUCUUCAAUCAUGCAGCUACAAGUGCGCCUAUCUACGAAAAAGCCAUCAAAACGAUAAAAUAGUUUUGUUUUUCAACUUAGAGAAUCAUGUAGUGCGUUUUUAUUUGCUUGUUCUGUAAAAUCGUUUGUAAGGCACCAAGAUCUUGUUCUACAAACAGAAAGUCACAUGAUAUAUAUAUUGCUACCCGCGAUGUAACUUCCAAUCCUAUAAAUUACGGAUCACAUUUUUUGUUGUUGUUGUUGUUUUUGUGUUAGUUUUUUUUGGCGGCUAAUAAGAGGUACACAGUUAGAGCUCCUUCUGAAUGAAAAUCCUUGGGUAUUGCCGUGAAAAAAGAAUUGGAUUUUCUGUAAAACCUAAAAUACUGUUUCUCUUCUUCACAUCGCCUUUCACCAAUGCAGUCAAAACUGUCAAGACAGUUUUUUUUCAUCUAUUGAGAAAUUCCAAUUAAUUUACGUCCAAUUGAAAACUUAAAUUUGUUUGGAAUAUUCUGCGUAGUAAGCAUUUCUUUGCUUAACGCAGAAGCUGUGGCGGGAACAGGAGGCUUCCCGUCCAACUUUCGCUCUUACACAAGUACGUUUGCUCAAUGGCGUUCGCGUCCACUUUUUCAAUGCAGAUAUAAAAUUACUGAGACGCGCGCCCAAGCGCUCGUUCUUUUUCCCUCUGUCCCCGAUGCCCCCUCCCGAAUCGAGGGAGCUUGUUCGCGCAGGCUAGUUUACCUCUUGGUUUUCAAACGGUAGCAUAACGUUUAUCAUAGGCCGAAAUUUCAUUCACAUCGAGGAGAAAAUAUAUAAUCGCGCCGUUUUUAAGCCGUUGAAGUUAAGUCUUCAGAUGUUAUUAGAUACCCUCCUGAUCUGAAUUUUCAUUCUUUAGAGUUGAAAUCUUGAAAUUCCUUGUUUGUGUUCGUGUUGUCUUUUCAGGUAUCGUUUCAGAGAGACAGGGAAACAGGAGUUACAACAGUCAAGUACAACAUUGCUAAAACGACUGAUCUUGUUGUUAAUGGGGCACCGUGCGUGAUUCUCAACGUGAACUUGCACUGCAAUGUACAAGAAACACCGUGGUGUGAUAAUCCUGACACGUGACACAUAGAACUUAUAUUUGCUCUUAUUAAAGCGUCAUAUAGAUGUAAUUUAUAAAAAGUGGAAACUGAAAAACUGUGUGAACCAGAAUUAAUUGAAAUCAGUUAUACAAUGUACAUCCACGUUUGCGCGUUCCAUCAAUUAACUGACAACUGAUUGUCACUGAAGAUAUUAGAGAAAAGAAAAGGAAACAGCCAGUAUUUUUUCUGUAUGGCUCUUCGUUCGACAUCGUUAGAUGAGAUAUGACUUUAAAGAAAAAUAGCUCUUUUAUCACAAAAUCUGUCAUGUAUUAUGAUGAUUCAAUGCAGUUCGAUAUCACCUUUUUUUACCUAAUUUCCGUGCCUCCCCCUAACCCGGAAAGGUCGCGCGGCACAUCUCUACAUGAAUGAAUUCAGAAAGCUAUAUUUUUCUGU